AUGAAUAUUGACGAUUUACUGGAAGAAUUUAAAGAUGACACAUAGAGCUUAUCUCCUGUUUAAAAAAGUCGCACUGGGAACUAAUCACCUUGGGGUCCAGAAUCAGGAUUGCAUGGACUCAAUGAAAGCUUUCAGAAUUCAAUUAUUAACCAGAUUAAAGACUCUUGGGAUGGAGGGAAGAAUACUACAUUUAUAAUAGGUUAACAGGGAUCUCCAAGCUUUAGCCAUUUUAGAAAUGAUGAUAACAAAAUCAAGAUCGUUAAUUAGAGUCCAUCAUUGUAUAUAGAGUUAAAAACAGCAAAAUAACUGAGCUAGCAAUAACAAGAGAAGGUAAAGCUAGUACACGGAUAUAGAGAGCUUAAAAAUUCAACUAUCUCAAGAAACAAUCUAAAAUAAGGUGGUGUUGGAGGAACGGCUCUUCUAUCUGACGAUGAUUUACAAGACUUAAUUGAUGAUAUUGCUGAUAAUCAUGACUAUGCAAGGUUAGAUGACAGGAUCAUGAUGAGAAUGUCUGAAAAUGAUUACAGUCGAGUAAUUAGCGAGGGACUUAUUCUAGUUGGAGCUAAAUGUCAUUAGGUCCUAAUAGGAGGGAGUUAUCUUGCAAAUGGGUAAAUGCAAACUGUUAUGAAACCAAAAAGUUGUGAUUAAAUGAGAUGCGUUAAGUGUACCAAAUGUUAAUGGAUAACAAUAAAUGAAAAUAGUGCAGCAUUACCUGAGAAAUAUCAGUGGGUUUGUGGAGGACAUUGA